ACGACGGACGCGCAGACCGGUCCAACCGGACCGGUCCGCUGAGAAGAUGGGAUCAGGAUAUAUCCCGGGGUUCCUGCGAACCAUAAACCGCGUCCGUGGGACAACCCUCCAAAACCCAGAGAACCAAAACACUUCUUUUUUUCUCUUCCCUCUCGCGGCCGCCGCAGAGAGCCUGACGCAGUGAUGGAGAGGGAGGAGGCCGCCGUGCCCAUCAUGAACGCGAGCACCGGCGAAGAGACCACCAAUCCCUAUGCCGGCAUGUCCCAGAAGGAGUGCACCGAUAGGAUCCGAAAGAGCCUUAAACAUCCAAUGGUGAGGUUUCUCCGGGAGCACAUGGAGAAAGCCGGAUGCCCCGUGUGGGUGCGGCUUCUCAUGGCGAUCAACUGCAGAGACCAAGUUGCUGCCGGCGGUUACGCCAGCGGGCAAGGGAUAACCGUUUGUUGUAAUCAUAUGACAUACCAAGAUGAGAUCAAUCAAGUUCUGAUUCAUGAGCUAAUCCAUGCUUAUGAUGAUUGUCGUGCAAAGAACAUGAACUGGAAUAAUUGUGCUCAUCAUGCUUGCUCUGAGAUUCGGGCUAACCAUCUUAGUGGGGAUUGCCAUUACAAGCGGGAAUUGCUGCGAGGGUUUAUGAAGAUACGAGGGCAUGAACAAGAAUGUGUGAGAAGGCGAGCUCUGAAGUCUGUCCAAAAUAAUCCAUACUGCUCAGAUGCAGCUGCAAGAGAUGCGAUUGAGGCUGUUUGGGAUACCUGUUACAAUGAUACCUUCCCAUUCGACAGAGCUCCAUAAAAUCUUGACAUAGCGUGCUGGUAUUUUUUCCAGUGAAGCACAAUGAAUCCCCGCCUUCUCAUGCAAAAGAGACCCUCCAAUUUUGUUAUUUUAUGUUGUAGUAAUCACCUUUCAUUUGAUUUUAUGCCUGUUUUCUUUUUAUACUUUACAGGCUUAGAGAAAUACUGAUGUUUAGUUUCAUGUGAACUUUUUUGUGCCAUAAAAAUUACUUCAUCACAUUGAUGCUAUUGUAAUGCUGAAAAUUAAUUUAUCGGAUAAUAAAUCAAAAUUUAUUCAUGAA